AUGCCUCUGACUAAACGGGCAGUUUCGCCAGUAAAUAUAAGUAGAAAUGUGAUCCCGCCAUCAAUUCAAAGAGAUGAACUGCAAUGUACAGCGAAUGGUUCAAUCGCUAAUUUAAUUCGACAGCUAAGUUCACUCAGUAAGCAUGCGGAGAAUAUUUUCGGCGAAAUUUAUCAUGAUGCAAUGAUUAUUCAUCAUAAAACGAACAGCUUGCAACAAAGAAUCGAUAGAUUGCAUUCAAAAGUAACACAAUUAGAUCCAAGUAAUGAUCAAGCAACAUUAAAUGAAGCAAGUAUUCGAAAAUCAUUCAAAAGUUCAAUGCUUGUUGAUCAACAUAUUCUUGAUCGUUCAACAUUUCCAACAGCUCUCGCAGAAAGAUACGAAAAUUGUGAUCAACCACCAAAUCUUGAUGCUUUGAAUCCAUAUCGAGAAAGUGAAAUACCAGCAUUGAGUCUUUACACAAAUCCAUCAUUCUUCUUCGAUUUAUGGAAGAAAGAAACAUUGAAAGAUGUCCCAGCUGAUAGACCAAAACGAGUCAAAUCUCCAGGAGAUGGAAGUAAAAGUCCAAAGAAAAGACGAAAGCAAUUACAAGCCGGAAAUAUUUCUGGAACUAGUCUUGGCGGUUAUCCACCAGAAAGGCAACGGUAAUUUUUUUUGUUUCAAAAAAACUUUUCUUCAAAACGAGUGUCUUUUUAAGAUAUCCAAGUUCAUCUCGAGUCCAGCAACAACAACAAAAUGAAGUUUUCUCAUUCCCCGAAGAAUAUCAAGCUCCACAGGCUCUUGGUUUACAACUCAAUUUCCGAAAUAAUCAACACAAUCAUCAACCACAAUCUCAAAUGGUUGCUCCAAUUGGAAUGUCUUUACAUCAUCAGGACAGAAAUCUGAAUUCGAGACAAAUAACACAAGGAAUGGCAAAUUUAUCAAUGGGAAAUAGAGAAAGUCCAGCAAAUCGAAGAGAUGCUCCAGAAAAAGUAUGUAUUUGUAUAAAAACACAAGCUUUUAAUUGUUAUUGUAUUAAUGUUAUCCCUUUGUUUAGCCAAUUCCUUCAAUGGAUCAUCUUCCUCCUCCUGAUAUGUCGCUUUUGUCAAUCGAUGACGACGAUGAUGAACUUCCACCUCCACCUCCUCCACUUCUUAUGCAUUCCUCAAUUGUUCAUCAAUUACCAGCCGAACAACAACCAACUGCAAUUCAAUUGGUUGAACCAAGUGCUGAACCAGCUAAUGUGAGUCGAAUUCUAAUCCUUUUCUAUUUAUGUGUUUCCUCCUUUGUUAUUACUUACCCUUGUCUCAAUUCUAUUCAGAUUCCCCCGCCACCUCCGCCUCCUCCACCAAUUCCUGCAAAUCUUCAUAAACCAGCUGCUGCGGCUAGUUUUGCGUCUGCAAGGGUAACGCUUUUUCGGGUAGAAUUGGGCCAACUUUCCGUUGUUUUAUGUUAUAGUUUCUGAAAGAGGGGGCAUAAUUAACAUUUUUGUGAAAUUAUUUUUUAAAGCUUCAGGCUUGGAACAACCUGUCCAAAUGCAGAAGACUAUGAUGAUUUGUCUGAAAAUGAAAAAAACUCAAAAUUACAGAGAAUUGUCAUUAUUUUACUGUUUUCAAGUAGUAUGUAAUAAAUAAGCUUAUUGAAAAAUUCAAAGUCACUGACACUUGUGGUGAGAGCUUGACCAAUUUUUGGCCAAAAAGGAACCAAUUUGUUUUUUUGGUCAAAAAUUGACCGAAAUUUGGUCAUUCGGAGCUUUUUGGUCAAUUUAUGACCAAUUUUAACACCAAAUUUCGAUCAAAAUUUGGCCAAAACAGUGAAAUGAUGAAAAAACGGCCAAAUUUUAGCUUAAUUUUUUUGUAAAAAAAAUGCACCAAUUUUUCAAGUUUCUCCCACCACAUGUGGAAAUAAUAUUCAAAAAUUCAGCCAUUUUCUGGCUCUUUAUUUUUUUUCUCUAUGGAUAAUAUGGAUAAUAUUUCCAGGCAAAUCCAAUUGAUGAAUCGACUGCUUCAUCUUCUCAACCAGCCGAGCCAAAACCAGCCGAUGCUCGCGGCGAUUUAUUGGCUCAAAUUCAAAGUGGAAUAAAAUUGAAAAAGGUUCGAUUAGCAGAAGAAUCUGCAGCUGAAAAAGCAGCGCUUGAAACCAACGAUGUUGCUGCAAUUUUGAAACGAAGAAUGGAUCAAGUUAUGGGAAAUGAUGAUUCGAGUAGUGAAGAAGGAGCUGAUGAUGAUGAAUGGGAUGAUUGA